GCCAGCCAGCCUGGGAGACCGACCGACUGAGCGACCGACCAAGCGGCCGGCGAGGGGGGAAAGCGCUAUUGUUGCAGCGGCCGCCCCGGGGGCUCCAGGCGGCGCUUCGGCAGGACAAAGGAGCCGGCGAGGAGGCGCGGAGCGGGGAUGCGAGCGGCAGGCAAGCCGCGGGAGCCUCUCCGGACGCGAAUAGGCCACAAUCCAGCAGUGACGUGCGGAGAAGGAGGGAAAGCCUGAAUCUACAUUUGCUGGAUGCUGCAGUUUAUGAUCCUGCUGUCGCUUUUCGUUCCGGCCGAGGAAGCCAUAAGUCAACAUGCUCGCCGUCAGGAAGAGGAGCGUGAAAAUGUUCACACUGGCUUUGCUGUUCGUCGUCACCAUCACCUCCUUCUUGCUGAAUUAUACCCACAACGCCGUCAUGGUCACUUGGGACCCGAAGCAAAUUAUCGAGCAGUUUCGGAAGCUGGUGAAAUACUCCCGGAGGCCCUGCAGCUGUGAUACCUGCAUCUCCGAGCAGGGAGUCUCGCCUUGGUUCGACGAGAGGUUUAACCAAACUAUGCAACCUGUCUUGACCGCGCAGAAUGCCUUCAUGCCUCCAGAGAACUACAAGUGGUGGCUGAAACUGCAAGGUGAGAGAAACCCUAAGCAUAUGAACGAUUCCGCCCGGGAACUGUUUGAGAUCAUUCCUGGAGACAGGGAGCCGGCUCUGGAGAGAAGCGAGUCGCAGUGUCGGAGGUGCGCCGUGGUGGGGAAUUCGGGGAACCUGAAGCAUUCUCAGUACGGCAAAGAGAUCGACAGCCACGACUUUGUGUUCAGAAUGAACAAAGCCCCGACGGCCAAAUUCGAAGCAGAUGUCGGCAGCAAAACCACCCACCACUUUGUCUACCCGGAGAGCUACAGGGAGUUGGCAGAGGACGUCAGCAUGAUCCUCAUACCUUUCAAAACCUUGGACCUGCGCUGGGUCGUCAGUGCUCUCACCACAGGCACCAUCAACCACACGUACAUUCCAGUUCCACGUAAAAUCAGAGUCAACAAAGACAAGAUCCUGGUUUAUCAUCCCAACUUUAUAAAAUAUGUUUAUGACAACUGGCUGCAGCAUCACGGAAGAUACCCUUCGACCGGCUUCCUGUCGGUUAUAUUUGCCCUCCACAUCUGCGACGAGGUGGAUCUAUAUGGCUUUGGAGCAGAUAGCAAAGGCAACUGGCACCAUUACUGGGAGAACAAUCCUUCUGCCGGGGCGUUCCGACAGACAGGAGUCCACGAUGGAGAUUUUGAAUCUAACGUAACGUUGACUCUUGCCUCAAUUGACAAAAUACAUAUCUUCAAGGGCAGAUGA